AUGAUCACUUUCGGAAGCUUCUCGCUCGCCGCACCACCGCUUCUUCUACCAUGCUAUCCUGAUUGGAUCCAGCAACCAUGCUCUAGCACGCGACCACCAUGGGCUCGCGACAUCAGCCGCCAAUCCUUUCGAGAGCAUGCCCCACUCAUCACGCUCGACCAGGCCAUUCUCAUCAAUACGCCUUUUGUAGGGUCCUACUAUCUCGAUGACCCUCAGUCAUAUUUUCGAUCCGCGCCCGUGCCAGUAGCACUUGCUGUCUUUGCGCGAUUCGCCCCACUGCCUACUUCAAUCUCCUCCUCCUCCUCUUCUUCUUCUUCUUCUUGCACAAGCUCGCCAUCACCAUCGGCAUAUUACUACCUGCCAGAUAGCCUCUGGCUUGCAAUCCGGCUCAUCUACACCUGCCCCCGCGAUUCUGACCGCCAUACCUCUCUCACGUGGGUCCGGUACUCGGACUUCCGUACUUUUCUGGAGCACCACUGCAUGAAACCCAGCCACCAGAUCUUCGAGCCGAAGCAGAUGUUUCGCACGCGGAAUGGAGAGAUGCAGCGUGGUAUGAACUUAGACUUGCGGAGUGUAUGGAGGGAAUGGAGGUUCCCGGAUUUGAGGUUGGAUGUGUGA